AUGGCUGGCGUGAUAAAGAGCGCGCUGCCUUCGCACUUGAAGCCAGUUGCCAGGGAAGGGGAUGACAAUGGCUUUGAAAAGCGCCAUCAUGGCAAGACCCGUAGCCACAUGGCUUUCGAAAACACCUCCACAAAUGUCGCUGCUGCUCAGAUGCGGAAUGCUCUUACCAACCUUGCCGAGACCGUCAAGGAUCCCAACGACAAGAAGCUCUUCGAGACCGAAAUGGACAACUUCUUUGCCCUUUUCCGUCGUUAUCUGAAUGACAAAGCCAAAGGCAAUGCUGUCGACUGGGAUCGCAUUGCACCUCCUGCGCAGGGACAGGUUGUGGACUACGAGGACCUUGCCAAUUCCGAAUCCGUCAACUUCCUCAACAAACUGGCUGUAUUGAAGCUUAAUGGUGGUCUGGGAACCUCGAUGGGCUGUGUUGGCCCCAAGUCAGUGAUUGAGGUCCGUGACGGCAUGUCCUUUCUCGACCUUUCUGUGCGUCAAAUCGAGUUCCUCAACCGAACAUACGACGUCAACGUUCCCUUCAUUCUCAUGAACUCUUUCAACACCAACGAUGAUACUGCUGCCAUCAUCAAAAAGUACGAGGGUCACAACGUCGACAUCCUUACCUUCAAUCAGUCCCGAUACCCCCGGAUUUAUAAAGACUCCCUCCUACCUGUUCCCAAGGACUUCAAAUCACCCAUUUCUGAGUGGUACCCGCCUGGCCACGGUGACGUGUUUGAGUCGCUGUACAACUCUGGCAUCCUCGAAAAGCUGCUGGAGCGAGGGAUUGAAAUCAUCUUCUUGUCCAAUGUGGACAACUUGGGGGCUGUUGUCGACCUUCGCAUUCUUCAACACAUGGUCGAGACCAAGGCUGAGUACCUUAUGGAAUUGACCAACAAGACCAAGGCCGAUGUCAAGGGCGGCACCAUUAUCGACUACGAGGGAUCUGUCCGUCUCCUCGAAAUUGCUCAGGUACCAAAGGAGCACGUCAAUGAGUUCAAGUCGAUCAAAAAAUUCAAGUACUUCAACACCAACAACAUCUGGCUCAACCUGAAAGCCAUCAAACGAGUUGUGGAGAACGACGAGUUGGAGAUGGAAAUCAUCCCCAACGGCAAGACCAUUCCCGGCGACAAGAAGGGAGAGUCCGAUAUUUCCAUUCUGCAACUCGAGACGGCCGUCGGCGCCGCUAUUCGACACUUCAACAAUGCUCACGGCGUCAACGUUCCCCGCAGACGAUUCUUGCCUGUCAAGACAUGUUCUGACCUGAUGCUGGUAAAGUCGGACCUGUACACUCUGAAGCACGGUCAACUGCAGAUGAGCGCCGCCCGUUUUGGCGACGCGCCCCUCAUCAAGCUCGGCAGUGACUUCAAGAAGGUGUCGGACUUCCAGAAGCAUAUCCCCUCCAUUCCAAAAGUUCUCGAGCUGGACCAUCUCACCAUCACGGGCGCCGUAAACCUCGGCCGCGGCGUGACUCUCAAGGGAACUGUCAUAAUCGUAGCUACCGAGGGUAGCACUAUCGAUGUUCCUCCCGGCUCCAUUCUGGAGAAUGUUGUCGUCCAGGGUAGCUUGCGUCUCUUGGAACACUAA